AUGGCCAUACGAGUUGACCUCAACCAGCCUCUAAUCUCCAAGCUCUCCAUUAAUAGUCGUAUUCAGAUCAUCGAGUAUGAAUCUCUUCCUACGGUUUGCUUCAAUUGCGGAACAUGUGGCCAUGUCAAGGAUACUUGCCCGAAGAUAACUACUACAAAUGACCACCAUUCAACUUACAUCCCUACAAAUGAACAAACCAAGCCCGAAACUAGUGAGUCGGUCAGACCGUGGAUGCUAGUUGACCGAAGGCAGAAACGAUCCCAACAUAACACCCAUGCAAAUCCCAUGCAAAAACAUGGCCCAUCCAUAUCUGAAUCCAAUUUUAACCCCCUAUUUGAAUCAGUUGAACAACAACCUGUCGAAACAACUCGCGAAGCCUUCACCCCCGAAACUAGUGAGUCGUUCAGACCGUGGAUGCUAGUUGACCGAAGGCAGAAACGAUCCCAACAUAACACCCAUGCAAAUCCCAUGCAAAAACAUGGCCCAUCCAUAUCUGAAUCCAAUUUUAACCCCCUAUUUGAAUCAGUUGAACAACAACCUGUCGAAACAACUCGCGAAGCCUUCACCCCCGAAACUGUCCAGCAACCAUCUGCACCCUCGGUUAACACAAUACCAGCCACCAGCAUCGAGAAUGAGAAUAUAUCGGUCAAUAAAAUACCAGUCGUGGCUACUACUAACACAGGAAAGGUGAAUAUCUCAGCUCGAGCCAAGAAGGUCAAGUUGAAAAGUAUAGUGCCUUCUUGCAAACCAAUUGCCCCCGCUCGCCAAAACUUUCGGUCAAACCGUCCAUGA